AUAAUAAUCAUGAUGAUACAAAUGUGCACAAUAAUAAGCAACAAAUUACAUUGCUUGUUGUUGUUAAAGAACUAGCUGCGCUUAGAACGGAAAACAGUCGCAUACUAUCUGCUGUAAAUGCUCUGCGUGAAGAAAAAAAACAAACAAUGCAAAAAUCAGAUGAUCUUCUUGCAGAAAUUCGCUCAUUGCAUUCUAAGCUUGAAGCAAAAGAUGUCGCUCUCGCUACAUUAACAACUGAGGUAAAAAAUCUCAAAAGCAUUGUUGCUAACUCUGCUAGCGUUCUCGGUAGUGCAAAUUCAAAAUAUGCGAGCUCUUUGCUCUCUCCUCUUUCUGUUCGUUGUCCGCCUAAUGACCAUGAAAACAAUGCGCUGAACUCUGCUGCUACGUCUAAGCCUGCGUCGCAAACAUCUGCUUUGCAUGGUUCUGCCGUCGCUAAGGAAAAGAAAGCUAAGACUACAUCUAAGACGGCUGCUGCUACUAUUACUGCACCUGCAAAAGUUACCUUUGCUUCUGUUGCUGCUUCAUCUCAGGUCUCUGCGACUUCUGUUUUAAAUGCUGCUACUGAAUCUGUGCCCGCAAUACGACAGACAUCCCAGUGGGAAAUGGUAACAAAAAGUAGUAGACGGAAAUUUAAUAAGCCUAUUGUGAUUGGUUCCAAUAACAAUAAUGAGCUACAAGUGGUCCCAAUAUUUAAAUGGCUACACUUGUCGUCAUUCUCGCCCAAUGUCAAUGAAACUGAUAUUUUGACUUAUGUGUCGAAGCAUGCUGAAAUUGAAACUAAGUCUUUGGUAUGCUACAAACUUGUUAAAAAAGAUACGGAAUUAAAUACACUUAGAAAAAUUAAUUUUAAAUUGGGAGUAUCAGAAUGCUCUUUUGAAAAGGUGCUCAAUGCGGACAUAUGGCCAGAGAGUGUAAAAAUCCGACCUUUUCAUUUUUUUCAAAAAAACGAUUCACCAAUGCAUCAGCAAUAAAAAAUUGUGCUCUCAAUAAUGGCCAAAAAAAUUUAAAAAUGUACUUUCAAAAUGUUUCUGGAUUGAGAACUAAAUCUAAUCAACUUUUAGCGUUUAGUUCGCACAUGGACUAUGAUAUUUUUGUUCUCAUCGAGACAUGGUUAAAUGAGAACUUUUUCGAUAAUGAGUUUUUUGAUCCAAAUUUAUACCAUGUCUAUCGUAAAGACCGUGAUGUCGAGAAAACUGGUCUCUGCAGAGGUGGAGGGGUUUUAAUAGCUGUUCAACGGAAGUAUAGCUCAUCACUAGUAUCUCUGAAAAACAAUGAUACACUCCUGGAUCAGCUGUGUGUCUCUGUGCAUGGUGCUUCAAAUAUAUUGAUUUGUGCGUCAUAUAUUCCUCCGUCAAGUAUUGAUACACUGUAUAAAGCACAUGUGGAUAAUGUUUUAGCUCUAACCUCAAAUAAUGGCAACUUUUGUGUUCUUGGGGACUUCAAUUUGAGUAAUAUUGAAUGGUCUAGUUUAGAUGAUAGUACUGCAUUAUGUCCUAAUAAUGUUAGUAGUAUAUCUGAAAUUUAUUUGAUUGAUAAUUUUUUAAGUUUUGGACUGGUUCAGAUAAAUAAUUUCUCAAAUAGUCUUUCUCGAAUUCUCGAUCUCAUUUUCAUUACUGACAAUAUAAAUUUUUCUUUAUUAGAAUGUGUAGACCCUCUGUCUACUCCUGGUCUGCAUCAUGUACCACUUGUCCUUCAUAUAGAAUUCUAUGAGUUUAAUGAUUUUUAUUUUGAGAAUGUGACUUCCAAUUUUUGUUUUAAAAACUUUGAUUUUAAUAUAAUUAAUUCAGCAGUUGAUAUUAUAGACUGGGAUUCUUUAUUUACUGGGGUUGAAGUUGCCAAUUGUUAUGAUAUUUUCAAGCAUAAUAUAAAUGAUAUCUGUAAAAAUAAUAUACCGAUAAAGAUAAAUAUCUACAGUUCUCUAGAGAACUUAAACCUUUGGAUAUGGACUUAA